UCCAGUAGCGGGACUGAGGCAGGAGUCUGUGAUAGAGGAACCACCUGCAGACAGCAGCUGUGCUCUUUCUCCAGCAACGCCUCAACAUGUUACGGAUUUGAUUCCACUGUAUUACCGACAUAUAUUUCCUUCAUAAAGUGGGCGAACGCACUGGCGUGGAGAUGCAACAGUUUAAGAAUUUAGCGAUUUGUCUCAUUUGCCUUUUAUGCGGGUUGACAACUGGAGGGUCUCCAAGUGUUCAAAUUGGGGGCUUGUUUCCAAGGGGAGCUGAUCAGGAGUACAGCGCAUUUCGGAUCGGAAUGGUUCAGUUCGGAUCGGCUGAAUUUAGACUGACGCCUCACAUCGACAAUCUGGAAGUAGCUAACAGUUUCGCUGUAACUAACUGCUUCUGUUCUCAGUUCUCAAGAGGAGUUUAUGCUAUUUUUGGAUUUUAUGACAAAAAGUCUGUCAACACAAUAACAUCGUUCUGCGGGACACUUCACGUCUCUUUCAUCACACCAAGCUUUCCCUUGGAUGGAAAUCAGCAGUUUAUCAUUCAGAUGCGACCAGACAUCAAAGGACCUCUCCUGAGUCUCAUUGAGUACUACAAAUGGGACAAGUUUGCCUACCUGUACGACAGUGACCGAGGACUUACUACACUCCAAGUUGUGCUGGACACAGCAGCAGAGAAGAAAUGGCAGGUGACCGCCAUCAAUGUGGGCAACAUGAAGGAUGAGAAAAAGGAUGAAGCAUAUCGCUCACUCUUCCAGGACCUAGAAAACAAGAAGGAGCGGAGAGUCAUCCUUGACUGUGAACAGGACAAAGUUAAAGAUAUCAUGGAACAGGUCAUAACUAUUGGCAGGCAUGUGAAAGGAUAUCACUACAUCAUAGCAAACCUGGGUUUUGUGGAUGGAGAUCUUUCAAAAAUCCAAUACGGUGGAGCCAAUGUGUCAGGCUUUCAGAUUGUGGAUUUCGAUGACCCCCUGGUAUCUAAAUUUGACCAGCGCUGGGAAGCCCUGGAGGAAAAAGAAUAUCCUGGAGCUGACAGCAAGAUACGGUACACUUCAGCACUGACGUAUGACGCAGUUCAGGUGAUGACUGAGGCCUUCCGUUACCUGCACAAACAGCGAAUUGACAUAUCCCGCAGAGCUAACACUGGGGACUGUCUGGCCAAUCCUGCUGUACCAUGGGCACAAGGGGUGGAGAUUGAGCGUGCUCUAAAACAGGUGAGAGUUGACGGUCUCACUGGUAACAUUCAGUUUGACCAGUAUGGAAAGAGGGUAAAUUACACCGUCAAUGUCAUGGAACUGAAAAGCAACGGUCCAGUUAAGAUUGGCUAUUGGAAUGAAGUUGAUAAAAUGGUUGUGACAAAGUCUGAUCUCUUCCCAAAUGAUACAAUGGGGCUUGAAAACAAGACUGUGAUUGUCACCACUAUUCUAGAAGCGCCGUAUGUAAUGCUAAAGAAGAAUGCUGACCUUUUUGUGGAUAAUGAAAGAUAUGAGGGGUACUGUGUGGACUUGGCAGCUGAAAUAGCAAAACAUUGUGGAUUUAAAUAUCAGCUGAAAAUAGUUGGAGAUGGCAAAUAUGGAGCCAGAGAUGCAGAGACGAAGAUCUGGAAUGGAAUGGUUGGAGAGUUGGUUUAUGGGAAAGCUGACAUAGCAGUGGCUCCACUGACUAUCACUUUAGUCAGAGAAGAAGUCAUUGACUUCUCAAAGCCAUUCAUGAGUUUGGGCAUCUCCAUCAUGAUCAAGAAGCCUCAGAAAUCCAAGCCUGGGGUUUUCUCAUUCCUGGACCCUCUGGCCUAUGAGAUCUGGAUGUGUAUCGUGUUUGCCUACAUCGGUGUAAGCGUGGUGCUUUUCCUGGUCAGUCGUUUCAGUCCAUAUGAGUGGCACACAGAGGAAUAUGAGGAUGGCCAGAUACAAACCAAUGAAUCAACCAACGAGUUUGGGAUUUUCAACAGCCUUUGGUUCUCCCUUGGAGCCUUCAUGAGACAAGGCUGUGAUAUUUCACCAAGGUCUCUUUCUGGCCGCAUAGUUGGAGGAGUCUGGUGGUUUUUCACCCUGAUCAUAAUUUCAUCCUACACGGCUAACUUGGCUGCCUUCCUAACAGUGGAGAGGAUGGUGUCUCCAAUUGAGAGUGCAGAGGACUUAGCAAAGCAAACAGAGAUUGCUUAUGGAACUUUAGACUCUGGUUCAACAAAAGAGUUUUUCAGACGUUCCAAAAUCGCUCUUUUUGACAAAAUGUGGACGUAUAUGAAAAGUGCAGAGCCCUCUGUAUUUGUGAAGACGACAGCAGAAGGUGUAAUGCGGGUGAGGAAGUCCAAGGGGAAGUAUGCAUACCUCCUGGAGUCCACCAUGAAUGAGUACAUCGAGCAGCGCAAACCUUGUGACACUAUGAAGGUCGGAGGAAACCUGGACUCCAAAGGCUACGGCAUCGCCACCCCCAAAGGAUCCUCAUUAAGAAAUGCGGUUAACCUCGCAGUACUAAAACUGAAUGAACAAGGCCUGUUGGACAAAUUGAAAAACAAAUGGUGGUACGACAAGGGAGAGUGCGGCAGCGGGGGAGGUGAUUCCAAGGAGAAGACCAGUGCUCUUAGCCUGAGCAAUGUGGCUGGAGUCUUCUACAUCCUGGUGGGCGGCCUGGGCCUGGCCAUGCUGGUGGCCUUGGUCGAGUUCUGUUACAAGUCCCGAGCCGAGGCCAAGCGCAUGAAGGUGGCAAAGAAUGCACAGAAUAUUAAUCCCACUUCCUCGCAGAAUUCACAGAAUUUUGCCACUUAUAAGGAAGGGUACAACGUAUAUGGGAUCGAAAGUGUAAAAAUUUAAGGGGGUAGGAUACGCGGCCGUCAUUCCAGUUUGUCCCCGUGCACGCUUCUUUUGGCUUCCAUUUGUCCCAUUCCCUGAAUGUUUUAUUGAAUGAGGAGGUUUGGACCGUAAACGGGAUCGUAUGUACUGGUCUUCCUAGUGAAAAAAAAAAAAAAAAAACUUCCUCUCAGUCUACUGCAAAUAUAUUGGAGAGAAAAGUUUUUUUGUACAUCUCGUGUGAUUUUGUAAUGUCAACCUCAUUGUCAUGUAUGACUGUUGUUGAAUCGCCCUUCUCUAUGGAAGCUUAAUUUUGCUACAGAAUGUAUUUAUUCAUUUAUUUAUUUUAAAGGUAAUUGUGACUAUUCUUUUCAGAAUUCUGACUUUUCUUAACUCUGAAUUGAAAGAAAAAUAUCAGAAUUGCGAGAUGUUAAGACCUAGAGGACAAAACGUCUGAAUUGUGAGAAUAGAUUACAAGCUACUACAAGAAAACAAAAUAAAAAAAUAGAAUUGUGAGAUGUAAACUUACAACUGAGGAAAAAGUCAGAAUUCUGAGAUAUAUGCAAGCUGUAAAAUAAUUAUUCAGAGAAAUAAUUUUUUGAGAUGUAAAAUCUAAAUUCUGAGUUUAUAACUUGAAAUGAUAGCUCAUAAUUGUGAGGGGAAAGAAAUAUGACAAGGCUGAAUUAUGAAUUGUGAGAUAUAAACUGAGAUAUAAAAAGUCAUGAUUGAGACAUGUUAAGACCUAGUGAAAGUAAAGUCCAAACCGUGAGAACUUGAAAUUACAAGAAAAGAAGUAAAUGUAUUAAGUUUAACUUGCAAAACUGAGAUAUGGACUCACAAUUGUGAGAAAAAGUUGUAAUUACUUUUUUUUAUUUUCUAUGACAGAAACAAGCUUCCAUACCCAUCUCCCUCAUUUCAUAUUUGCGAUAUGAUUUUCUAAAUGUCGUUUGCUUGUGACUUCGCUCCUCAUUUUUGCUGUUUUUCCACCACAUCAAAUUUACGUGUGCAUUUUCAAUUAAACGUUUUAAAAAUAAGCUUGAAGCCAGUUUGUGAAACACGCUCUAACUUUCCGUCAUCUCUCUGUUUGGUGUGUGUGCGUGGAUGUUUGUUUCUCCGUUCGUGUCAAUUACAGAUGACCUUUUCGGAUGCUAUGAGGAGCAAAGCGAGGGUGUCUAUUACUGGGAGUACUGGCGAGAAUGGACGUGUGAUGAGUCCUGAGUUCCCCAAAUCAGUACAUGCGGUGC